AUAAUCUUGGUGCAGCGGAUCAUGAUCCACUCCUGAUUGGGUGGAUGGGGAAAACAACAAAAAGAGAAAAAAAAUGUUCCAGUCUUCCUCGUGAAGUAAGAUCCCUGCACGGUAGUCAUUUUUAUUUGCUUUUUCCGUCUUCUAAAUGGGACUUAAGAACUUCUCACGAGGAAUAACUGUCAUUCUGUGUGCGGACUCUCUUGAGGUAUCGGCGAUUUUGGGCAGUUUGUGACUAAAUAAUACAUACAACGGGAAGCAGCAUGAUUUUGAAAAACAAAUCUUGGGGAAUAAUAUUAAUAUUUAUCCAAUUGUUCUGUGUUUUAACACCAUCUAAUGCUAUCUUUGAGAUGUUUGGUGGAGGUGGCGGUGGAGGAGGAGGUAGUGAUGUGGCCGAAAUUCUUGCUGCAGGACUUAUCACCACUAUGCUAAUGGAAGAUUUCCACAACAUGGGAGGUGGAGGUGGUGGAGGUACUCAAGGAAGAUCUGUUUUUAAUCCUGUUCGCCAGUUUAUUGGAGGAUACAGUAUGAGGGCGCCUCCUCCAGUCCAUCAUUACCAGCCAAUGAUUGCACCUCGAAGACCUAUGAUGCAUCCAGCUGGACCAAUGGUUGCUCCCACAGCACCUAUACCUAGAAGACCUGUGAUGCACCCGUACAUGAUGGCAAUGAUGCAUCGACAUCAACAAUAUAUGAUGCAUCAGGCAUUGAUGCAACAAGCACGCCAGCAAAUGCUUGCAACAGCGUGGAAUAAUGAAUACAGAAUGAAUAACAGACCUUAUGCCUCGGAAACCGUCAUAAAUUCCUAUGUCCCAGUCUUGCCAACUUUUGGUGAAAUAUUAAGUGACGAAGGCACUCUUUCAGCAGCAAUAUUAUUAAACUCGGACCUUCUUGACUCUGACGAUGAAGAAGAACAGGAGCGAGAAGAAGAAGAAGACGAAGAAGGAGAAGAAGUGGAAAUGGUGAGGGAAGAAGAACCCAAAGAACAAGAAAAACAGACUAAAACUCCCAAAUCCACAUCUUCGGAAGAGUUUGAAGUUGCUUCCAGCGAUCAUGAAACACAUUACAUUUUACCCCGAAUCAUGAAACACAUCGUUCAAAGAAUAUUGAGAAGAGUAGAACAUCAUUAAAAUUAUUUUCAUUAUCAUUAAUAAAUCAUUCUAGUAACAUCGGAAUACGAGAAUUAACUGAAGAAUCAUUUGAAUAACUUCUAUUUCAAUUUAGAAGCUAGUUUAAAUUAUUCUUCUUUCAUUCCAUCUAUGUCAUUUUCUUAAAUGAGGAAUAACCUUUUGAAGAUUUUUGGCACAGUAAAUUUUAGAAUCACAGAAAUAAUGGCGUUUAAAGAGUGGUCAUUAUUUCUUUUAAAAUGUUUUUCUAAUUAAAACAUAUUAAGUUAAAGAAUUCGAAUUCUUGAAACUUCCUAAGUCUCCAGACCCACCAAUUCAAUUGUCAGCGAAAUUUUGCCGAUCCUGGAUAUGGCAUGCAAGCAUAGCCUUAAAAAGCAUCCAUGGCAUUGUAAAUAAAAGAAGGUAUUCAACAUCCGCUGGCGGCAACUAUUUUAUAAAUCCGCUAUUAUUUAGGCAUAUCUCCAAGGCAUCAUUUGAUUGCUACAAUUAAAAAGAAAAGAUAUUUUUAUUAAAUAAUUUUAAAAUUUUACUGAAAAAUAUUAUUAUUUUACAACUUAACAAUAACGCGACUAACAAUUCCUAGGUAUUUAAUACAAUUUGUUUUUGAUCUCUUCCUUCAAUACAUCUAGACUAAUAACUUUCAAACAUUUCUAUUCACUAUGUACUUUAAAAUUAAAAUGGCAAAUAUUCCCCAGGUUCAUAAGCUUUCUUAAACCGCUUCUCAUGUUAAAAAUGUUAUUUGGAAAAAAAUUUCAGUCUUUACAAAGUGUAAAUCAUUUCUUCGGUCAAUAUUUAUAAACAUUCUUUUAAAUUUCAAAAAAAAAAUCUCUCUUCUUUUACAUUAUAACUUUUACCACAUUUACAUGAAUACAGAGUCUCGACGCAUUAGAUAUUAGUAAAAUUCAAAAAAUUUUAUUCUUGAUUGUUAAAAAUACAUUUUAAGAAUUCUCAAAAAUUUAUCUGCUUUUAUUUCAAAAAUUUAAACAAUCUAAAUAUUGUUGAAUUAUUUUGUUUUGAUAAUAAGU